AUGCCACUCAAGCACUUGCCGAUCCAGCCGAAUCUGGCACCAGCAAAUGGCUCCGGCGUCCAUACUAGCAACGUGUCGAUUGCCCCGAAUCCGCAGACUAACUUCACUCGCGACAGUCGAAAGACGGGUGCCAGCCAUGGGCUGGUCAUUCGUACUUCCAGACAGUGGGUCCUCCCCCCACGGCCCAAACCGGGCCGGAAGCCGAGCCUGAGUGCUCUGCCGGGUCGAAACACAUCUGCAAAUGGUUCUGGAGAAACCGGAAAGAAUGGGAAGACCAAUACAGGGGCAGUUGCCAAUCCUUCGGACAAAUCGGCUACUGCCAAGUCCGGCAGUUGUGCGAAAAUUCAACAUCACGUCGCUAACAACGAAGACAGAGCUUCAGCUCCACCAUCCAUCGUCAAGAUUGAACCCCAGGAUACGCCGCUAGCUCAGGUCUUACAGGAAUCGCCUGUUGUUUCCCAGUCGAUAUCUGAAGCUAAAAGAAAAAAUGGAAAAUCAACCAAGAUUGUCUCGUCGUCCCUACCAGGCCACUCGAAUUGUCAUCCUGACUCUUCCAGGGCUCACGCGGAGACUGUAGUGAGUGUAAAAGGCGCGGGUGCUGACGCGACUGCGGGUGCCGAGGGAUAUACCGCUAGCAGAGAUAAACUCAGUAAGCCGGCGGCGGCAGUGUCCGAAAUCAUCAAUGCCCCUUCAGCCGCCGGGACGGUUACCAAUGCUGGCGUAAACCCCACAGUAUCCACGACCCCAAUGUUGAAAAAACUUACUAAGACUGCCUUGAAGAAAGAGGUUCAAAGAUUGAAACUCGAGAACUUCAAGCUGAAACAGGAAAUGGGACACUUGGUGGGUAAUUUGCAGGAUCUCAAGCAGAAGUUUACGUUUCUUAACGAUGUAUCAUCUGCUAUAAGCCCAACGAGCCUUGGUACCGUCGCAGGCAAGAAAAGGCCCUAUUUGGAUUCGUCAGAGAGCCACAACGCAGCUGACAGUACAGAUAGUUUUUUGAAGUUUGAAGAUGAUAAUGAAGAAGAAGAAAUGCCAGGUUCUGCUAGAGGCGGAGUAAUGAUGAGACCAACCAUGUCAUUUUCAUCUCAAUACAGUUCUAAGACGAAUCUUACAGAUGAUGAGGACCCCGGUUUUUCGUCCUCGACCCCCAGCUCUCUGUUCUCGGCAGAAUUGCAACGUUCGGUUACCAAUAGUAGUUUUGUGGGAUCUCAGCAAUGUCACCACAACAUGCAGUGUAACUCACAUAACUCUUCUGGGACGCCCGGAUAUUCCCCUCAUUAUCAUGGGAGCACAAGCCCUUCCAGCAUCAUAUCUGCAAAGCUUCCUGGGUUCUCCUCCGAUGGAUUGAAGUUUAUCGAUGAUUACGAACAUCAAGAUUUUUACCACAAACAUCGCCAUAUGUUCGAGAUUAGAAAUUCCUCGGGUCACCAUGGUAGCUCCACAGUAUCACCUACUAUGUCAAAUCAACCAGGCGAUUUACAUUUAGAUUCUAUCAAAGAAGAAGACAUGAAUUUCAAACUUGAUCAAGAAUUUGGUAAUGACGAUAUGAGCAUACUUAAUUUUUUAGAGAAUCACCCUUCUAAAGUUGAGCAUGCUACCACCUCCACGGCUGUCACUAACACAAUCCCUCGGUGGGUUAUUAAAGAGGGGGAACAAGCGCUUGAUUUGAAUGUCUUCCAAGAGGCCGGCCCCGAGCCAACAAUACUCAAACAGGAGUUUCAUAUACCUCCCUCCUUGGAAGAGCUAAUGGGGGAGCAAGAACCUGACCGUAUAGAAAUGGAAAUCAAGCGUGAAGACGACGAUGAUAUGUCCAGGAUGAAUGUUUUUGAUUUUGCAUGA